AAUACGGAACUUAUGUAAGAGGGUAUGAAUUCUGAAGGAGAAUGAAUGACUUGUGAACAAAUUUCUCAAAACAGGAGGUGUAUCUCAACGUAAAAACAUAAAAAAUUAAUGAAAACUGAUGAAAGAGGAGGUGUAUGUAAGAUAUCCUAAAGAACCUUAAGUACAUAUUUGUCAUAUGAUAAUUGGUUAUAUUAUUCUAAGAAACUUAAAAGGUAAAUAUAUAAUUAUAAUACUAAUUUUAUUUUAUUUUCUUUGGAACGCCAAUAAUUAUAAUACUAAUUAUUUUUUUCUUAUAGAAACUAUCAGACUUUUUUCCAUUAAUCGUGGGUUCGACCCAAAAAUGGGCCCAGUUCUACAACAGGGCUUUAUUAUAAAUGUGCCAAAUUCGAGUUGGCCCACUUUUUAAAAUUUUUGUGCAAAUUAAGGAAAAGGAUUAAAUGCAUUUAAGUAUUUAUUAAUUACAAUUAUUCAACCAAUAUUAUUAAAAAUGAAUAAAAUUAUUUAUAUAAUCAAUGCAUUUAUAAUUAAUAUUUUCUUUGUUUCAUAUUAAAUGUCAUUUUAGUUUUCUUUUACAUUCAUUAUAAGUGUCGUUUUAUAUUUUUAAGGUAAAUAUUAAAUAUUUUUUUCAAAUUUUUAUCUUUAUUUUUUAACUCAUUAAUUAACAAAAUCAAAUAAAAAAAUGCAUUAAAUAAGAAUAAAACUGAAAAUUUAAUCAUUUUCUUAAUUCGUAUGUAAAAAUUGUAAAUGACAUUUAUAAUGACACAAAUAGAAUAUUAAGUUAAAAUUGAAUUGAAUUCUAAAAUAACAUUUUUAUGUAAAGUAAAAUGUUAAAAUAAUAUUUUUCAGAAACAAAGGGAGUAGUAGAUUAGCCCAAGUAGAGAUGGCAGUUCAAGGGCUUGCCCGCGGGCCUGACCCGAAAAGGCCCAUUGCGGGGCGGGAUUGGGCAAAGAUAUUGUGGUCCAUUUAGUUGCGGGUCUUGCGGGACAGGACCGCGGCGGUACUAGGUGGAAACGGGACGGGCCGAAGCGGGAUGCGGGCAAACAUUGAGGCCCGCUACACUUUUCUCACCGAGAACAUAGCUAAACGGUGAUCGGGUGAUGACUAUGGCCUAUGGCCAUUCUUGCUCUCUGUGUUUCUUCCCUUUCGAUCGACAAUCGCAAGCUCUUGUACACAACUCAUUUUUUUGCAUGCGAUCAAAGACUCGCCUUCUUCUUCUCUUCUCUUUUCUUUUCGUUUCUUCAUCUCUUUCCGUCUCUUCACUUUUUCUUCUUCGAUCAACGACCACAGAUCAUCUUCUUUUUUCUCCUCUACACAGUAGAGCGUCGACGACCAUGUGCAGAGAACAAAUCAGGAGGGAUGAUCUGAAGUCUCUUGGCUAUAUGAUUAUGUAUUUUCUUCAAGGAAGGUAAAAUUGAUGAAGCUGCACUUUUUUUUUCUAUUCGUCCUUUGUAUUAUUAUAGUUGUCACGGAUCCUUCACAUCUGUUUUUUUUAGCCUUUUGUUAUUAAUCAGAAUUUUUUGUUUAUCAAAACAGCUCCAUCAGGUUGUGGGCUCUAAGUGGCAAAGUUCUAAGUCACGACUCUUCACCAAGGUGGUUUGUUUGGUACAGUGGAGUACCAGCUUCACAGCAGAACCUUGAAAACACUAAUGAAAUUUGUGCAGAUUCAUGAUAUCAUUUUGAUCUAAUCGUCUGUUAGAACUUGAACAUGUUGGUAUCAAGAGUCUGACUUAUGUUAUAGUCUAAGCUAUCUUGGUCUCUUCUUGUUGCAGGUGACGUGUGAUUCACGAAACCAUUCGAGGUCCUUUGUAGUCAUAAGCUAUAGUUAAGAGUUCCUUUGUAAGUUUGCACGAAACCAUUUGUGUUUCUUUUUCUGAGGGAAGAACAUAAACAAAAUGUGAAUAUAUAUCAAUACACUAGUUGAAUGAAUCACGUUUUGACCUGUGCAGAUUCUUGGUCCCACGAGACAUGACUGUUGGACACUUCAUUCACAUGCUAAGCAAUAGACUACACCGAACUAUAUCCAAAGCUCUGUUUGUUUUAGUAUAGAACACACUUCCUCAACAGGUACCUAAUUAUCCAGCAUCCAUGUCAAAAAAAUCUAUUAAUAAUGCAUUUACUCUUAUCUUUGUUCUCUACAGCUGCUCCCAUAGACUCUUUGAACAAUACUGCCGUCUCCAAGCCCAGCUUCAAAAGCAGAGGAGAUGAGAGCAUGCUUAAGAUCGAUCACUAAGACGAAACCACAAGUAAGAAAAAUGUUUUAUUUUUAAGAGCUUAGAUAUGAGGUUAGUUUAAUAGAACUUGAAUUGUUAUUGCUUAGUUUGAUAGGUAGUGAUUCUAGUAAACACGUAUUGCUCAGUCUGAUAAACUUUGAUGUUUGUUUCUGUGCCCAGACGCAAGUGAGUUAUGUCUGAUCAUGUUGUUUCGUUUAUGCAGGUAUGAUGAACCGACAUCCCACGGGCCGACCCGCAAAGCCCAUGUACUAUUUUCUUUUUAAAAUUAAAAAAUAUAAUUGAUGUUUAUUUUCUUUUUAAAAUUAAAAAUAUAAUUUGUCUACUGGUCCACCUUUUACAGAAUAUAAAUAUGCCGUUAUAACACUUUUGACCUUCCCACUCCACUUUUUUUUUUUAAAUACCUUCCCACUCCACGAAUUAUUCAAGUAACAGUAUGAUUUUAGAGAACGUAUAGUUGUUUACAAUGGAACGAAAUAACUUAAAUUGUACAAAGUCAAAUGACUUACAGCAACAGCUCUAUGUACUAGUAUUAAUAAUUUUGGUCUUAAGAGUCUAAUUCUAUUGAACUAAGAUCCUAUGAAAACGAAUUUUAAAAUUAAUUAGUUAAAAGGCCAAACCAGUUAAUGUUAAUUAAAUAAUAGUUUAAUUGGUGAAUUUCUUUUAUGAAAGUUGGUGUGUAACCUAAUUCACUAUAACACGACUACAAAUCUUAAUGUAUAUUAUAUAUCAACUAAACAAAUAACUAAAAUCAUUGGUGAUGAACUCAAACCUUAUGACAUGAGCACACAUAUAUAUGAGGAAAGAAGAUUUUGGGAAUCAUUCUGAAUUAAAAGGUCAAAACUAAACAACCCAAGUAAAUUCGAGUGUAUGGUAUAUAUGGCUUAAUCCAUAUAGUAAUGUACAUAUAAAAACAUUUGUUAGUGAAAUACCAACAAUUCGGUAGUCACAUUCUUUACAAACUUUCCUGAUAAAAAGAAACUCCACUUACGAUCCAAUGGAUUCUGAUUUCUGACUAUGUUAUAUAUUAGCAGAAAACAGGAAACUCCACUUUUGGUUUUUGUGUGAGCGAGAACCUUUUUGCCAAUGGAUUUGGUAAUAUUGACUUUCCUUUUCUUUUCUUUUUAUAUAUCUUUACCAUUUUAUGUGUACGUAUUCAUAUACCAAAAUAUUUUCCAGAUAGGAUGUAUUUUCCAUUAAUUUUGCAAGAAAAAUAUAUAGAAUACACCGUGAAUGAAUCAUUAGAGAUAUAUGUACAAAGUUAAUAAAAUCAAAUUUAUAACCUGUUUUUCUUUACCUUAGACUACAUGCACACCAAACAUUUUUUUUCGUCAAACUAUUUAUAAGAUAGUACUACCAUCUCACUCAAAAUUCAACAGUUAUUGAAAUAACUAGUUAAAAUUUCAAAGUAUUGUGUAUAAUGCUAGAGAAAUUAAUAUGGUCACCAGCUCACAUUUGUGAUUUGUAUCAUGAUUCAUGCCUUUAAUUACUAGAUCAAAACUAAAAGCUACAUUUUACGUACGUUGGUUAAAGGAUGUCGUCUUUUAACUUAUUUGCUUAUGACCUAAUUUCCUAGCGACUACUCCUGACCGGUAAGAUACCUAAUUUUGUCGCAUAAUUAUGGAUUAUGUAGAUUAAUAUAUUAUAAUUUAUCAACUAAGUAUACCGAUACGUAUAAAAUUCUUGCGACUCUUCUUUUAUAAAUAAAUAUAUCCAACUUUGUUGACUAAAACCACAUCGUCACCUAUAAAUGCAAACCCAUCAUCAAUAUCAUAGUCUUCAUGCAAGCUCCAAUAUUUCCAAGGCAGUAAAAAGAAACAAAACUAAACCAAAUAACUUACUUAACCAACAAGACAUGACGGAAGAAUUUGAAACCGUCGGAGUUCGCACCGGAUCAUGGUGGAGUUUCCCCAGCGGCAUGUUCUCCGACUUGUCUCAGCCACGUUCUACUGAAAUAUCCAUCGAUAUUGGCGGAUUUGAAUGGCAAAACAUUGAUAACAUCGAUGCCGAAACCUAUGACAAGAGCCAUACUUCUACAUUAUCAAGCAAUAGAAAUCUUGAUUCCACCUCACAAGUCAAUGCUUGGAACCAAUAUAACCAUCGUGAAGAAGAAAGAUUCGAUCCGAUAAGUAGUUUCUUAGAAGGAUUGUUUGAUAAUAGUGAACUAUCUGUUCCUAGUGUGAAACCAGAACUACUCGAAAGCUUUCACUUCUUCGAUGACGUUUUCUUGAACGAAUCAAGAACCGUAUCAGUCUUUGAUCACGAGAUUGGAGAAAAACACGAUGAAGAAAUACAAGCCUGGAAGAGUCUAAUUACUUGCGAAAGAGCUAGUGAAAAAACUGAAGACCUCGAAGAUAUUGAGUCAUUACCGCCAUUAAAAAGGCCUAGACUCGAGACACCAACACAAUUUCCGAGCUUCAAAGUUCGUAAAGAGAAACUCGGAGAUCGAAUCACCGCGCUUCAGCAGUUAGUUUCACCCUUUGGCAAGACAGACACUGCUUCUGUCCUACAUGAUGCUAUAGAGUACAUCAAGUUUCUUCAAGAACAAAUCACUGUCUCGAGUAAUCCACAACUGAACUCUAAAGGAUCUGGUGAACAGAAGCAGUGGUCAUACAAUGGUACUCAUGCUGAAGACUCUAGUCUAGGACAAGAUCUUCGAAGCCGUGGUCUUUGUCUGAUUCCGAUUUCAAGUACUUUCUCCACCUCUCCGCUGCAUUUUGGUCUCAUUUAAGUUCUGAAAUUAAACUCUUCCAAUAAACCAAAAAUAUAAUUAUUACACAUGUCCGAACAUAAAUCUUUUUUUUUGGUAAGAACUGUAAAUUCCGAUGUUAGUUUGGUUAAGAAAUGUGUUAUCUCGUUGGGUUUACUUGCUACGGUUUAGUUGUAUCACCAAAAAAGAAAGAAUUGAUUUUGCGGAUUUUUUUACCAACCAUACUAUUUUAUGUUUAUGUUCAAUUAUUCUGUCGUUUUAACGGCAGAAAAAACAAGAAUGCGUGAGAUAUUAGUUAGGCUAAUAUUAGAGUUAAAUGUAUUUUUCAAAGUUUCGUGAUUCCACUACACAAAUUAUUUAUUUUCACAGUCCGGGUCCGUGAAACCUGUCAGAAUCUAUAUAAAGAAAUGGAAUACUGUGGAUUAGACAAAUAAAAUGGUGUUUUUGUCAACUAAAUUAGAUACGUUAGAGAAUCAGCACUGAUAUAAUUUUGACAAAGUAUAUCAAAUAUAAUAUGAAUAUAAUUUACUAUUACCACUAAAUUUUUUUAAAAAGUUAGAUCAAUAAUAAAGAACCAAAAUUUUUAAGAUUUUUUAAACUAUUUUAAUAUCUUUUUAAAAGAUAAAUAAUUGUCUUAUCUCUUCUCUUUAUAAUUUUUAUAUGUAUAUAUUAAUAUUUUUAAAUGAAAAAUAUAUAUUUUAAAGAAACUCAUCGAUGUACAUACUAUUGAUCAGGAUACCCCAAAUAUCUCAAACAAAAAAGAUAUUCAAUUAAAAAAUCUCUCUUUAAUAAAGCAGCUUCUUUUGAUGAUACUCAAAGGACACAGCUCUGUUUUGUUUUGUUUGUGUGCCCUCAAAUCAAGGCAUAUGAUUGAAUAAAAAACAUACAACAAUCAUCUUUAAGCACUGUUUCCGAAGAACAAAAAAAGCAAGAGUCAACCGAAAAAAAAACACCACUCUAUUUUAGUAGAAAGAAAUCAUUGCAGACUAUAGACGAAAUGCUUUUGUUAUGAGCACGCCACAAUUGAAACUAAAAAAUAACCCUAAUUCGAGUAGACAAGAAUCAUAAAGUACACUAACUGGUUUGUCUCAGUGACUGUUGCACUACAAAGACAGGGUUGUCUUAUAGAAUCAUCAAAGUUCUUAGGAUACUAACAAAAAAAUUGGAGGAUUUAAUUUCUUGAAUCCAUGAAUGUUUACACAAAACCAAAUAGAUCAAUUGAUUUGUAAGAAGCAAUGACUAUAACUGUUUCUGCAUAUACCAACACAGUGAUUCAACUAGCAAACAGUGUGUACCUAAAUUGAGUGAAUCAAAAACCAAACAAAAGUGGAAUCAGUACUGUUGCUACUCAUUAGAAAUUAUGUGAAAUUUUUAGGCACCACGAUACCUGAACUUGACCGGUUAGAGCAUGCAAGAAUACUUGCAACAAAGGGUUGGAUUCAACAUGGUAAGGGAUUAAACGCUAUGAAAAAAAUGAAAAUGCUUCAUUGACCAAAAACAUUAAACGUUUAUGUAAGAAUGAAUACUUACAACUAAUGGUUGGACUCAACAGAGAAGACAUUAAAAACACUAUGAAAAUGGUAAAAGAUUACAAUUUUCUUGAAGAAGACUUAUCUGUAUGAUCCUUUUAUUUCUUUGAAUGUACACAAAAACAAAAACCUUAAAAAAGCAUUUGCAUUUUGCUUUGAUGAAAACCUAAGCCUUUUUUUUUGUUUUCUUCUUCCUUUCAUUUGUACAUGAACUACAAGGGAGAAUCCAGCACAACAAA